AUGCCCGCCGAGGACGUGGACAUGGACGAUUCUAUGGAUCCCGUCAUUGAGGAGGUCCGCGAAGAAGGGCAGCCCAUGGCGAUUGAGGUGUCCGAAGCGGUUCACGAAAAGGACAAGGCUGAGGAGGACGCGGAGAUGUCGGGGUCCUACACAUGGGUGCUGGAGGGCUGGCCGCGGCCCACCAAGACAAAGAUUCACUCGGAAAAGUUUGAGAUAGGGACAUACAUAUGGCGUCUGCUGGUUAUCCCUGGCAACGACAACCAGGGCGAGUUCCUCAGUGUGUUCCUCGACUCCCCAGAGGCGCCCUACACGCCUGCACACUUGUCACCACGCGCAAAGUUCACGCUGGCGCUGGAGAGCACGCUGGGGCGGGAGCAUGACCACAAAAAGGACUCUGAGCACCUGUUCACGAGUCAGCAGAUGGACUGGGGGUUCAACCAGUUUGUGCCGCUGGUGGACGUGGCGGACCCUGCCAAGGGGCUGAUCCAUGAGGGCGGGGUGUUGAGGAUUCGCGUGGAGGUGCAGGUGCGGCGUGACGAGCGGCUGAGCUGGGACAGCCGCAAGGAGACGGGCUACGUGGGCCUCAAGAACCAGGGCGCCACCUGCUACAUGAAUAGUCUGCUGCAGUGCCUCUACUACCUGCCCUUUUUCAGAAAGGCGGUGUACCACAUGCCCACCAGCGAGAGCGACGACCCCUCCAAGAGCAUGCCCCUGGCCCUCCAGAGUGUGUUUUACAAGCUGCAGUACAGCCGCACCCCGCCCUCCACCAAGGACCUCACAAAGUCCUUCGGCUGGAACACCUACGACGCCUUCUUCCAGCACGACGUGCAGGAGCUCAACCGUGUGCUGUGCGAGAAGCUGGACGACAAGAUGAAGGGCACGGCUGUUGAGAAGUCGAUCAACUACCUGUUCGAGGGCCACACUGAGUCGUACGUGGAGUGCACCAACGUCGAUGUGCGCUCCACCAAGCGCGAGAGCUUCAUGGACAUACAGCUGGUCGUCAGGGGUUGCCGCGACGUGUACGACUCGUUCGACAAGUACUGCGAGGUGGAGCUGCUGCAGGGUGACAACCGCUACCGCACCGACAGCCACGGGCUGCAGGACGCCUGCAAGGGCCUCAAGUUUGAGGCGCUGCCGCCCGUGCUGCAGCUGCACCUGCGGCGUUUUGACUACGACUACCAGCGCGACACCAUGCUCAAGGUCGGGGAGGGAUGA